AUGGACUCGGAUUGGCUAAAAAUAAUUCUGUUGGUGGUUAUGACAGUGUUAUCCGUUUUAUUUGGCGUGCUGCCAAUAAAGCUGAGCUCCAAGCUGAAGGAACUAUCGCAUCGAGGAGCCAUGCGGAGUCGAAGUAACGAUUCGUGGGAGAAUGUGCAAAAAUCGCUGGACUACAACACCGAUUAUCCGUUCGUUCCGCUGUUGUGCGGACUCGGGAUUAUGGGUGUUUGGGUUUUUGAGGAAUGCACAAUCGUUUGUCACAAUGUGGCCAAUCGUCGAAUCGAUGCGAAAAGUAUGGCAAGUUCCCGGGACGAGGACGUGGAGGGUGAUAUUUUGAGACAACGAAAGGCUACGAUUAUUUCGAGGAUGUCUUCUACGGCUCGGCUCGACAUGGGCGAGACGCCACUGAUCCGAUCGAUCACCUUCGUUUCGGCAUUUGUUUUUCACUGUUCGCUGGAAGGGUUCGCGUUUGGGAUUCAGGAAGACACCGUGUCCAUCACUUCACUAUUUGCCGGGAUCAUGCUGCACAAGUGUGUGGUGUUCUUCUCGAUCGGGGUGCGGCUGGUGAAGGCACAUGGACAACGGACGUUCGUCGUCGUCGGCCUGAUCGUAUUUGUGGCAAUUACGGCCCCUUUGGGAGGAGCUAUCGGUAUUAUUGUUAAGGUA